CUUUUGUCAUUUACGUGUGCUGUAAACUGUUGCCAUAGCAGUUUGUUUACAAAAAAUAAUGUUUGAUCGAAGUAUCUAUUGAAAUAUCUGACAUUAAGAAAUCAACGAAUUAAGCUAGUGACACAUAGAAAUUAAACAUGGACAAAGUACAGUUAUUGUCACAUAUUGAAAAGAGCUUAAAUUACUCAAUAUUUGAUGUUAAAUGGAUACCAGUGUCUGCAAAAUUCAUUACAAUUGGAACAAAAAGUAACGGAAAAGGCAUAAUCGAGAUUUAUGAACUGGAUUCGCCGAAUGUCAAUUUAAUUAAGGAAAUCCAUCAAGAUAGUCCACUUAAGUGCUGUAGCUUCAAUUUAUCUUCACACGGAGAGCGACAUUUAGCUCUUGGUGAUUUUAGUGGCAAGUUAAAGAUACUUGACAUUGAGCGACCAGAGGAACCAAUUUAUGAAGUUAUAGCACAUUCAGAAAUAAUAAAUUCUUUAGAUGCGAUUGGUGGGGGAAGUUCGAAUCUUUAUGGAGCUAAAGAAAUUGUUACAGGUAGUCGAGAUGGAAGCGUUAAAGUCUGGGAUCCAAGGCAGAAAGGUGAACCAGUUGCUUGCAUGUCAGCUACAUCACCAAAUGAUGAUACAGUAAAGGAUAUUCGUGAUUGUUGGGCAGUUACUUUUGGUGAUAGCUUUAACAAUUGUGAACGAUCUGUUUGCUCAGGAUAUGAUAAUGGUGAUAUUAAGCUAUUUGAUUUGAGAAAGAUGGCAUUGCGUUGGGAAACGACAUUAAAGAAUGGAGUCUGUUCAUUAGAAUUCGACAGAAAGGAUAUACCAAUGAAUAAGUUAAUAGCUACGACUUUAGAAGGUGGAGUUUAUGUCUAUGAUAUGAGAACAGAACAUCCAACAAAAGGAUUUACAUAUUGCUGUGAGAAAAAUGCUGGUCAAUCAUUAGGAACGAAUGGAUGUAUAUCAGGAGCUAAAUCAACAGUUUGGACAGUCAAACAUUUACCUCAAAAUCGUGAGAUUUUCAUGACUGGUGGUGGUGCUGGAAGUAUCAGAGUAUGGAAUUAUAAAUAUCCAGAUAAGAGGUUCAAGGAGAUGUCAGAUGGAACUAAAGUGGGUGUAGCUGGAAAUGUCCAAUUGCUUAAUGCAGUCACUUUAUCUCAACAGCCAAUUCAUUGCUUUGAUUGGUGUAGCGAAAAAAUUGGACUAGCUGUUUGUGGCUCAUUCGACCAAACAGUUCGUGUCCUGCUAUCAACUAAUUUAAAUUUAUAUUGAAACAACUUGAUUCCGAUUAUAAAAUUGUGCAUUUAUUUGAAAGUUUAAAAACAGAAUCUUUGAGAAAUAGAAAAGGGAAUGAUUCAAAAUAUAUAUUUUUUUACAAACUUAAAAUUCAAAGCGAUGUGAGUAAGUUAUAAGAAAAAGGCAAAAAGAAGAAACAAAAUAUCAAUCAAAUAAAAGCUUAGACAGAGAUUAAAGGAUUUUGAUGCUAGCUUAUUAUAUUAAUUAGUCUCUUUUUUAUCUAAUCAUGUAUCCUUGUUCUUUUCAUAGAACUGAUCAAGAUACUUUUUGUACUCUGCCUUUUUAUCCCAUAAGCUGGCUGCAUUACUAUUAAGUGGUGAAUCGUUAUUAGGUUCGCUUAAUAGACUUUGGAUAGACAGUAAAAUUGUUCUAACAUCAUACAGUGCUGACCACUUCUCUUUUAAUAUAUCCAGGCAGAGCAUUCCAGUUGAAAUGUCAAUGUUUGGAUGAAAACAAGGAGUAGUAAAUUUACAUGUUGGUGCUGUGUACGGAUAAUUAUUAGGAAAUUCAAUCGAUAGACGAUACUUCUGAUUUUCAUAUGGUGUUUCUUUUGGACCAACGAUCGUUGCCU